AUGGUCGCCAUCCUUCAAGGAAAUGGUAUUUUUGAGCCUUACAUUCGCUCCGGGUUAAGCCCCCUCCACAUCACGCGGGACAGCGGUGCCAGGCAGGCGCAGCCCCGGCCGCUCUCCCGGUGCCUCCUGCGGAGGGCAGGCAGCCCCGGCUCGGGCCAGGUGCAGGUGCAGAAUUACAGUUUGACAAUUGGAACCACAUCUAGAGCUUGGGAAGCGCACUUUGUUGUAGAUGAUGAAGUGGUUCUGCAGUGCACUGCAACCGUUCACAAGGAGCAACAGAAAUUGUGUCUUGCUGCAGAAGGAUUUGGCAACAGGCUUUGCUUUUUGGAAUCCACAUCUAAUUCUAAGAAUGUUCCACCUGAUUUGUCCAUCUGCACCUUUGUGCUGGAGCAGUCUCUAUCAGUACGAGCCCUCCAGGAAAUGCUGGCUAACACAGAAGAAAAGGCAGAAGGGCUAGUUGAUGUGGAAAAAUGGUCUGCUCAAGGUGGUGGACAUCGAACACUGCUGUACGGGCAUGCAAUCUUGCUGCGCCAUUCCUACAGCGGCAUGUACCUAUGCUGUCUCUCUACAUCUCGAUCGUCAAUGGAUAAGCUGGCAUUUGAUGUAGGAUUGCAAGAGGACACAACAGGUGAGGCUUGCUGGUGGACCAUACAUCCUGCUUCCAAACAACGAUCAGAAGGAGAAAAAGUGCGUGUUGGAGAUGAUCUGAUUUUAGUCAGUGUCUCUUCAGAAAGAUAUUUGCAUCUCUCUUAUGGCAAUGGUAGCUUACAUGUUGAUGCAGCCUUCCAGCAGACACUCUGGAGUGUGGCACCAAUCAGUUCAGGAAGUGAAGUUGCCCAAGGAUACCUGAUAGGAGGGGAUGUUCUGAGGUUAUUGCAUGGUCACAUGGAUGAAUGUUUGACAGUCCCUUCGGGUGAGCAUGGAGAAGAACAAAGAAGAACUGUCCAUUAUGAAGGUGGUGCUGUGUCCAUUCAUGCUCGUUCCCUUUGGCGACUAGAGACUCUAAGAGUUGCGUGGAGUGGCAGCCACAUUAGAUGGGGACAACCAUUCAGACUAAGACAUAUAACAACAGGAAAAUAUUUAAGUCUCCUGGAUGACAAGAGUCUUCUUCUUACAGACAAAGAGAAGGCAGAUGUAAAAUCUACAGCAUUCUGUUUUCGGUCUUCCAAGGAAAAGUUGGACAUAGGAACAAGAAAAGAGGUGGAUGGAAUGGGAGCACCUGAAAUAAAGUAUGGAGAUUCAAUAUGCUUCAUACAACACGUAGAUACAGGCUUAUGGCUCACUUACCAGUCUGCUGAUGCAAAGUCUGUAAGGAUGGGUUCUCUGCAGCGAAAGGCAAUAAUGCACCAUGAAGGGCACAUGGAUGAUGGUUUAACACUGUCCAGAUCUCAGAAUGAAGAAUCCCGCACAGCACGUGUCAUCCGUAGUACAGUCUUCCUAUUCAACAGGUUCAUAAGGGGCCUUGAUUCUCUCAGCAAGAAAGUGAAGUCUUCCACCAUUGAUUUGCCUAUCGAGUCAGUCAGUCUGAGCCUUCAGGACUUGAUUGGCUACUUUCACCCCCCUGAUGAACAUCUGGAGCAUGAAAACAAACAAAACAGGCUCCGAGCACUGAAGAAUCGCCAGAACCUCUUCCAAGAAGAGGGUAUGAUCAACCUUGUUCUUGAAUGUAUUGAUCGCUUGAAUGUAUACAGCAGUGCAGCUCACUUUGCAGAUGUAGCUGGGAAGGAAGCUGGAGAAGCAUGGAAAUCUAUUCUGAAUUCUUUGUAUGAAUUACUAGCGGCUCUGAUUCGAGGAAAUCGUAAAAACUGUGCUCAAUUUUCUGGAUCUCUUGAUUGGUUGAUCAGCAGAUUAGAAAGACUGGAAGCCUCUUCUGGAAUUCUAGAGGUUUUACACUGUGUGUUGGUAGAAAGCCCAGAAGCUCUAAACAUUAUUAAGGAAGGACAUAUUAAAUCAAUCAUCUGUCUUUUGGACAAGCAUGGAAGAAACCAUAAGGUGUUGGAUGUUUUGUGUUCUCUCUGUGUUUGUCAUGGAGUAGCUGUGCGGUCUAAUCAACAUCUAAUCUGUGAUAAUCUCCUGCCAGGAAGAGAUCUGCUCUUACAGACACGCCUUGUCAACCAUGUGAGCAGCAUGCGCCCCAACAUCUUCUUGGGGAUUAGUGAAGGCUCGGCCCAGUACAGAAAGUGGUACUAUGAACUUAUGGUGGACCAUCUAGAGCCCUUUGUGACUGCAGAAUCAACUCAUCUACGAGUGGGCUGGGCUUCAACAGAAGGCUACUCACCCUACCCAGGGGGAGGAGCAGAAUGGGGAGGCAAUGGUGUUGGUGAUGACUUAUAUUCCUAUGGCUUUGAUGGUCUACAUCUGUGGUCAGGUUGUGUAGCACGAACAGUAAAUUCUCCCAACCAACAUCUAUUAAGAACUGAUGAUGUUAUUAGCUGCUGUUUGGACCUGAGUGCCCCCAGCAUCUCUUUCCGAAUAAAUGGUCAGCCAGUCCAAGGAAUGUUUGAAAACUUCAACAUAGAUGGCCUCUUCUUCCCAGUUGUCAGCUUCUCUGCAGGAAUAAAGGUUCGUUUCUUGCUUGGAGGUCGCCAUGGAGAGUUCAAGUUCCUUCCUCCACCUGGAUAUGCUCCAUGCUUUGAAGCUGUCCUGCCAAAGGAGAAGCUGAAAGUGGAGCACAGCCGAGAGUACAAACAGGAUCGUAGCUACACAAGAGACCUGCUGGGUCCCACUGUUUCUCUGUCACAAGCAGCUUUCACUCCAGUUCCUGUAGAUACUAGCCAGAUUGUUUUGCCUCCCCACCUGGAAAGAAUUAGAGAAAAAUUAGCAGAGAACAUCCAUGAACUUUGGGUUAUGAAUAAGAUUGAACUUGGCUGGCAGUAUGGACCAGUUAGAGAUGACAACAAAAGACAACACCCAUGCUUAGUGGAGUUCUCAAAAUUGCCGGAGCAGGAAAGAAAUUAUAACUUGCAAAUGUCGCUUGAAACACUGAAAACCCUGCUGGCAUUAGGCUGCCAUGUCGGAAUUGCUGAUGAACGUGCUGAAGAAAAAGUGAAAAAAAUGAAACUUCCAAAGAACUAUCAGUUGUUGAGUGGCUAUAAGCCAGCACCCAUGGAUCUAAGUUUUAUCAAGCUGACCCCCUCUCAAGAGGCUAUGGUGGAUAAACUGGCAGAGAAUGCUCACAAUGUGUGGGCAAGGGACCGUAUAAGGCAAGGCUGGACGUACGGCAUCCAGCAGGAUGUAAAAAAUCGACGAAAUCCUCGCCUGGUACCCUACGCUCUUCUGGAUGAUCGAACAAAGAAAUCCAACAAAGACAGUCUUCGGGAAGCAGUCCGCACCCUUCUAGGCUAUGGUUACAACCUGGAAGCCCCUGAUCAAGAUCAUGCAACAAGACUGGACAUGUGCAGUGGGAUAAUGGAAAAGUUCAGGAUCUUCCGCACAGAAAAGACUUACGCAGUGAAGGCUGGGAAGUGGUACUUUGAGUUUGAGGCAGUCACUGCAGGAGACAUGAGAGUUGGCUGGACCAGGCCUGGUUGUCUGCCAGAUCAAGAACUUGGAUCAGAUGAAGAAGCUUUUGUUUUCGAUGGCUUUAAGGCACAGCGGUGGCAUCAAGGUAACGAGCAUUUUGGCCGCUCUUGGUUGGCAGGGGAUGUUGUUGGCUGUAUGGUUGACAUGAAUGAGCACACCAUGAUGUUCACCUUAAAUGGUGAAAUCCUGCUUGAUGACUCAGGCUCAGAGCUUGCGUUCAAGGACUUUGAGGUUGCUGACGGAUUUCUACCUGUGUGCAGCCUGGGCCCAUCUCAAGUGGGAAGAAUGAACUUUGGAAAAGAUGUCAGCACUCUAAAAUAUUUCACUAUAUGUGGCUUACAGGAAGGGUAUGAACCCUUUGCUGUUAAUACAAACAGAGACAUCACCAUUUGGCUGAGUAAAAGGCUUCCUCAGUUUCUACCGGUGCCACAAAACCACGAACAUAUUGAGGUAAUGAGAAUUGAUGGCACCAUAGACAGCUGUCCCUGUCUGAAGGUCACACAGAAGUCCUUUGGUUCCCAGAACAGUAAAACAGAUGUCAUGUUUUUUCGAUUAAGCAUGCCCAUUGAAUGUGCUGAGGUGUUCUCCAGAUCAGCUGCAGGAGGGUUACCAGGCUCUGGUCUUUUUGGCCCAAAAAAUGACUUGGAGGAUUAUGAUGCUGAUUCUGAUUUUGAGGUUCUAAUGAAAACUGCUCAUGGUCAUCUAGUUCCUGACCGGACAGAGAGAGAAAAAGAUUCCACAAAACCAGAGUUGAAUAACCAUAAAGAUUAUGUUCAAGAAAAGCCUUCACGUCUUAAACAAAGAUUUAUGCUCAGGAGGACAAAGCCAGAUUAUAGCACGAGUCACUCUGCACGGCUUACUGAGGAUGUGCUAGCAGAUGAUAGGGAUGACUAUGAUUAUUUGAUGCAAACUUCCACGUACUAUUAUUCUGUGAGAAUAUUUCCGGGUCAAGAACCUGCUAAUGUCUGGGUGGGCUGGAUUACAUCAGACUUUCACCAGUAUGACACAAGCUUUGACUUGGACAGAGUGCGUACUGUCACAGUUACACUGGGAGAUGAAAAAGGGAAGGUUCAUGAGAGUAUAAAACGCAGCAACUGCUAUAUGGUGUGCGCAGGAGAGAGCCUGAGCCCUGGACAAGGACGUAACAAUAAUGGUCUGGAGAUUGGUUGCUUGGUUGAUGCUGCCAGUGGCCUGCUGACCUUCACAGCUAAUGGCAAGGAGCUAGGCACAUACUACCAGGUUGAACCAAGUACAAAGUUGUUUCCUGCUGUGUUUGCUCAAGCUACAAGCCCCAAUGUUUUCCAGUUUGAAUUGGGAAGAAUAAAGAAUGUGAUGCCAUUAUCUGCUGGAUUAUUCAAAAGUGAACACAAAAACCCAGUCUCUCAAUGUCCUCCACGUCUCCAUGUCCAGUUUCUGACUCAUGUGCUUUGGAGCAGAGUGCCAAACCACUUCCUGAAGGUGGAUGUGUCUCGGAUCAGUGAACGCCAAGGCUGGAUGAUACAGUGCUUGAAUCCUUUGCAGUUCAUGGCCCUUCAUAUUCCUGAGGAAAACAGAACAAUUGAUAUUUUAGAGCUGACAGAACAAGAAGAAUUGCUGAAAUUUCACUACCACACCCUCCGAUUGUAUUCAGCUGUUUGUGCUUUAGGCAACAACCGAGUGGCCCACGCUCUGUGCAGCCAUGUGGAUGAAUCUCAGCUCCUCUAUGCCAUUGAGAAUAAAUAUAUGCCGGGGUUAUUACGUGCAGGAUAUUAUGACUUACUCAUUGACAUCCAUCUCAAUACCUAUGCAACUGCCAGGUUGAUGAUGAAUAAUGAAUUUAUAGUUCCAAUGACAGAUGAGACCAAGAGUAUUACUUUGUUUCCUGAUGAAAACAAAAAACACGGCCUUCCUGGUAUAGGACUUAGCACUUCCUUAAGGCCAAGAAUGCAGUUUUCUUCUCCAAGUUUUGUAAGCAUUAGCAGUGAAUGCUUUCAGUUCAGUCCUGAAUUCCCUCUGGAAAUUUUGAAGGCCAAAACCAUAGAGAUGCUGACUGAAGCUGUCCAGGAGGGAAGCCUCCAUGUCAGAGAUCCAGUUGGCGGUUCUACAGAAUUUCUGUUUGUCCCUCUCAUCAAGCUCUUUUAUACCCUCCUAAUUAUGGGAAUCUUCCACAAUGAGGAUCUGAAACACAUCUUGCAGUUGAUUGAGCCCCGGGUUUUCAAAGAAGCAAUGAGUCAGGAGGAUGAAGUCGAUUUCUCAGAGAAGGAGUUCAGUUCAGAUGAAUUCAAAUCAGAAGAGGGAGAGGAAGAAACCAGAGGGGAGCAAAUGCCAAAGGAAGGACUCCUUCAGAUGAAACUUCCAGAACCUGUUAAAUUACAGAUGUGUCAUCUACUCCAGUACCUGUGUGAUUGCCAGGUACGGCACCGAAUAGAAGCCAUUGUCGCAUUUUCCGAUGAUUUUGUGGCCAAGCUCCAAGAGAAUCAGCGCUUCCGGUACAAUGAAGUGAUGCAGGCCUUGAACAUGUCUGCUGCCCUGACCGCUAGAAAAACAAAAGAAUUUCGAUCCCCUCCUCAAGAGCAGAUUAACAUGCUGCUGAACUUUAAAGAUGAUAAAAAUGAUUGUCCUUGCCCUGAAGAAAUUCGGGAUCAACUAUUGGAUUUCCACGAAGACCUAAUGACACACUGUGGAAUUGAACUAGAUGAAGAUGGAACCUUGGAUGGCAACAGUGAUUCAACCAUUAGGGGUCGCCUCCUGUACCUUAUGGAAAAAGUUACCUAUCUGAAGAAGAAACAAGCUGAGAAGACAGUUGAUGAUGAUGAUAAGACAUCCUCUACUCUCCAGCAGCUGAUUUCGGACACGAUGGUGCGCUGGGCCCAGGAGUCGGUGAUAGAAGACCCGGAGUUAGUGAGGGCCAUGUUUGUGUUGCUGCAUCGCCAGUACGAUGGUAUUGGUGGCCUGGUUCGAGCCCUGCCAAAGACCUACACCAUAAAUAGCGUGUCUGUGGAAGACACCAUCAAUCUUCUGGCAUCCCUUGGCCAAAUCCGUUCCUUGCUUAGUGUCAGAAUGGGGAAGGAAGAGGAGAAGCUUAUGAUUCGUGGAUUAGGAGACAUCAUGAAUAAUAAAGUAUUUUACCAACAUCCAAAUCUCAUGAGAGCUUUAGGCAUGCAUGAAACUGUCAUGGAAGUGAUGGUGAACGUGCUUGGUGGAGGAGAAUCCAAGGAAAUCACUUUCCCAAAGAUGGUGGCAAACUGCUGUCGUUUUCUAUGUUAUUUUUGCCGCAUCAGCAGGCAGAACCAAAAAGCUAUGUUUGAUCAUCUUAGCUAUUUAUUGGAAAACAGCAGUGUUGGCCUUGCCUCCCCUUCUAUGCGAGGGUCAACUCCUUUAGAUGUUGCUGCAGCAUCUGUAAUGGAUAACAAUGAACUUGCUCUGGCUUUAAGGGAGCCUGAUCUGGAGAAGGUGGUUCGCUAUUUGGCUGGAUGUGGGUUGCAGAGUUGUCCUUUGUUGAUUUGUAAAGGCUACCCAGACAUCGGAUGGAAUCCAGUUGAAGGAGAACGAUAUUUGGAUUUCCUUCGUUUUGCUGUUUUUUGCAAUGGAGAGAGUGUGGAGGAGAAUGCUAAUGUUGUGGUCAGACUGCUUAUUCGCCGGCCUGAAUGUUUUGGUCCUGCUCUAAGGGGAGAAGGAGGCAACGGGCUGCUUGCUGCCAUGGAGGAGGCAAUACAAAUAUCAGAAGACAGAACAAGAGAUGGACCUUCCCCAAGUAAUGGAUCUAGUAAAACCCUUGAAAUAGAAGAACAGGAAGAUGACACUAUUCACAUGGGAAAUGCAAUCAUGACCUUUUAUGCUGCCUUGAUUGAUCUCUUAGGACGUUGUGCCCCUGAAAUGCAUCUAAUCCAUGCUGGUAAAGGGGAAGCCAUUAGAAUCAGAUCAAUUCUACGGUCUUUGAUUCCACUUGAAGAUUUGGUGGGAGUAAUCAGUAUUGCUUUCCACAUGCCAACCAUAGCAAAAGAUGGUACUGUGGUGGAACCUGACAUGUCUGCGGGGUUUUGCCCAGAUCACAAGGCAGCCAUGGUUUUGUUCCUUGACAGGGUCUAUGGAAUUGAGGACCAGGAUUUUCUCCUACACCUUCUUGAAGUUGGCUUUCUGCCAGACCUCCGUGCAGCUGCCUCAUUAGAUACGGCUGCUUUAAGUGCUACGGAUAUGGCUUUGGCUCUGAACCGAUACCUCUGCACAGCAGUCUUGCCUCUCUUGACCAGAUGUGCUCCUCUGUUUGCUGGCACGGAGCACCAUGCUUCCCUCAUCGACUCCUUAUUGCACACUGUGUACAGACUCUCAAAGGGAUGCUCUCUCACCAAAGCUCAGCGAGACUCUAUUGAAGAGUGUUUGCUCUCUAUCUGUGGGCAGCUGCGACCGUCCAUGAUGCAGCAUUUGCUGAGGAGAUUAGUGUUUGAUGUACCUCUGUUAAAUGAACAUGCAAAGAUGCCUCUCAAGUUGCUGACAAAUCAUUAUGAAAGAUGCUGGAAGUAUUAUUGUUUGCCAAGUGGAUGGGGUAACUUUGGUGCUGCCUCAGAAGAAGAACUUCAUUUAUCCAGAAAGUUGUUCUGGGGUAUUUUUGAUGCUUUAUCUCAAAAGAAGUACGAACAAGAACUGUUCAAACUGGCUUUGCCUUGUCUGAGCGCAGUUGCAGGGGCUUUACCUCCAGAUUAUAUGGAAUCAAAUUAUGUCAAUAUGAUGGAAAAACAGUCUUCAAUGGAUUCAGAUGGGAACUUUAAUCCUCAACCUGUUGAUACCUCAAACAUUACAAUUCCUGAAAAGCUAGAAUAUUUCAUUAACAAAUAUGCAGAACAUGCUCAUGACAAAUGGUCAAUGGAAAAGUUUGCAAAUGGGUGGACCUAUGGUGAAACAUUUUCUGAAUCAGCAAAGGUGCAACCAUUAAUGAAACAAUAUAAGUUACUGUCUGAAAAGGAGAAAGAAAUUUAUCGAUGGCCAAUCAAAGAAUCACUAAAAACCAUGCUGGCGUGGGGGUGGCGAAUUGAGAGAACACGGGAAGGAGAUUCCAUGGCGCUGUAUAAUCGGACCCGCCGCAUAUCUCAAACCAGCCAAAUCUCUGUAGAUACAGCCCAUGGUUACACUCCUCGAGCAAUUGACAUGAGCAAUGUCACCCUCUCCAGAGACUUACAUGCUAUGGCUGAGAUGAUGGCUGAAAACUACCAUAACAUAUGGGCAAAGAAAAAGAAACUGGAGCUUGAAGCAAAAGUAGGAGGAGGCAACCAUCCCCUUCUUGUUCCUUAUGAUACACUCACAGCCAAAGAAAAAGCCAAGGACAGAGAAAAAGCACAAGAUAUUCUGAAAUUUCUGCAGAUUAAUGGAUAUGUUGUCUCCAGAGGACUCAAGGACCUGGAGUUAGACACGCCUUCCAUUGAGAAACGCUUUGCCUACAGUUUCCUUCAGCAGCUUAUAAGAUAUGUGGAUGAAGCCCAUCAGUACAUUUUGGAGUUUGAUGGUGGCAGCAGAGGCAAAGGAGAGCAAUUCCCAUAUGAACAAGAAAUCAAGUUUUUUGCCAAAGUUGUGCUCCCUUUGAUUGAUCAGUAUUUUAAAAAUCAUCGCCUGUAUUUCUUAUCUUCAGCAAGUAGGCCUCUCAGCAGUGGAGGCCAUGCCUCUAAUAAAGAGAAAGAAAUGGUGACAAGCCUGUUCUGCAAACUUGGAGUUCUUGUCAGGCAUAGGAUUUCACUGUUUGGAAAUGAUGCAACAUCAAUAGUCAACUGUCUUCACAUACUGGGACAGACCUUGGAUGCGAGGACUGUGAUGAAAACUGGUCUGGAAUCUGUUAGGAUGGCAUUGAGAGCAUUUUUGGACAAUGCUGCUGAGGAUCUGGAGAAAACAAUGGAAAAUCUUAAGCAAGGCCAGUUUACACACAGCAGAAACCAGCCAAAAGGAGUUACACAAAUCAUUAAUUACACCACAGUUGCUCUCCUGCCAGUGCUAUCUUCAUUAUUUGAGCAUAUUGGACAGCAUCAGUUUGGGGAAGAUUUGAUAUUGGAAGAUGUUCAGGUCUCUUGUUACAGAAUAUUGGCCAGUUUAUAUGCUCUGGGAACCAGCAAGAGUAUCUAUGUAGAGAGGCAACGAUCAGCACUAGGAGAGUGCUUGGCUGCUUUCUCAGGGGCCUUUCCAGUGGCUUUUUUGGAAACUCAUUUGAACAAACACAACAUCUACUCAAUCUACAAUACCAAGAACGCAAGAGAUAGAGCAGUUCUCAAUUUACCAACUAGUGUGGAAGAGGUUUGCCCAAAUAUUCCUUCCUUGGUGAAGCUAAUGGAAGAAAUAGUGGAACUGGCAGAGUCUGGUAUUCGCUACACACAAAUGCCACAUAUCAUGGAAGUCAUACUGCCUAUGCUGUGCAGUUACAUGUCACACUGGUGGGAGCAUGGGCCAGAGAACAAUCCUGACAGGGCUGAAAUGUGUUGCACAGCCUUGACGUCAGAGCACAUGAACACUCUCUUGGGUAACAUAUUGAAAAUCAUCUAUAACAACCUUGGUAUUGAUGAAGGAGCCUGGAUGAAGAGAUUAGCAGUGUUUUCCCAGCCCAUCAUAAGUAAAGCGAAGCCACAGCUCUUAAAGACACACUUCCUUCCACUGAUGGAUAAACUAAAGAAAAAGGCAGCAGUGGUUGUAUCGGAUGAAGAACAUCUAAGAGCAGAAGGCAGAGGUGACAUGUCGGAGGCUGAACUGCUCAUCCUAGAUGAGUUCACCACUUUGGCACGGGACCUCUAUGCCUUCUACCCUUUGUUGAUUAGAUUUGUGGACUAUAACAGGGCAAAAUGGCUGAAAGAGCCCAAUCCUGAAGCAGAAGAAUUGUUCCGCAUGGUGGCUGAAGUCUUCAUUUACUGGUCAAAGUCUCAUAAUUUCAAGAGAGAAGAGCAGAACUUUGUGGUACAAAAUGAAAUCAACAACAUGUCUUUCCUCAUCAGUGACACCAAAUCUAAGAUGUCUAAGGCAGCGGUUUCUGACCAGGAAAGGAAGAAGAUGAAGCGAAAAGGUGACCGCUACUCUAUGCAGACCUCUCUCAUUGUGGCAGCACUGAAGAGAUUGCUUCCAAUUGGCCUAAACAUUUGUGCUCCUGGAGACCAAGAGCUAAUUGCACUGGCCAAAAAUCGAUUUAGCAUGAAAGACACUGAAGAUGAAGUACGAGAUGUCAUCCGCAGUAAUCUUCACCUUCAGGGCAAGCUUGAGGAUCCCGCCAUUAGAUGGCAGAUGGCACUUUACAAAGAUUUGCCAAACAGGACUGAAGAUUCCUCAGAUCCAGAGAAGACUGUGGAAAGGGUCCUUGAUAUAGCUAAUGUGCUGUUUCACCUGGAACAGAAAUCUGCUUGCGUAGGCCGAGGCUAUUUCUUUUGGGUUGAGCAUCCUCAGCGGUCCAAGAAAGCAGUGUGGCAUAAGCUGCUGUCUAAACAGAGGAAACGAGCAGUAGUGGCCUGCUUUAGAAUGGCACCGCUGUAUAAUCUGCCAAGACACCGAGCUGUCAAUCUCUUUCUUCAAGGCUAUGAUAAAUCUUGGAUUGAGACAGAAGAACACUAUUUUGAAGACAAACUGAUAGAAGACUUAGCAAAACCUGGAGAGGAACCACCAGAAGAAGACGAAAGCCUUAAAAGAGUUGAUCCUUUACAUCAACUUAUUCUGCUAUUCAGUCGAACAGCCUUGACUGAAAAAUGCAAAUUGGAAGAAGAUUUCUUGUAUAUGGCUUAUGCUGACAUUAUGGCAAAGAGCUGCCAUGAUGAAGAAGAUGAUGAUGGUGAAGAAGAAGUGAAGAGUUUUGAAGUGACAGGAUCACAACGCAGCAAGCACGAUAUUAUCAAAGAUUUAAGAAACAAAUUUGCCAGCCUCGGCGAGAACUCUCUGGAAAAAGAAAUGGAAAAGCAAAAACUUCUGUAUCAACAAGCCAGGCUGCAUGAUCGGGGUGCUGCUGAGAUGGUUCUGCAGACAAUCAGUGCAAGUAAAGGUGAGAUGGGGCCAAUGGUUGCAGCUACCCUGAAGCUAGGAAUUGCCAUCUUAAAUGGAGGAAAUUCUACUGUUCAACAGAAAAUGCUUGACUACCUCAAGGAUAAAAAGGAUGUGGGGUUCUUCCAGAGCCUUGCUGGUCUUAUGCAGUCCUGUAGUGUUCUUGACCUAAAUGCGUUUGAACGUCAGAACAAAGCAGAAGGCCUUGGCAUGGUGACUGAAGAGGGAUCAGGAGAAAAGGUGAUGCAGGAUGAUGAGUUCACCUGUGACCUCUUCCGCUUCCUUCAGUUGCUUUGUGAAGGACACAAUUCAGAUUUUCAGAAUUACCUGAGAACUCAGACUGGUAACAACACAACUGUUAAUAUUAUCAUUUCUACUGUGGAUUACUUAUUGAGAGUUCAGGAAUCCAUCAGUGAUUUCUAUUGGUACUAUUCUGGGAAGGAUGUUAUUGAUGAACAAGGACAACGAAAUUUUUCCAAAGCCAUCCAGGUUGCAAAACAAGUUUUCAAUACUCUCACAGAGUAUAUCCAGGGGCCAUGCACUGGGAAUCAGCAAAGUCUGGCACACAGCAGGCUGUGGGAUGCUGUAGUUGGUUUCCUUCAUGUGUUUGCCCACAUGCAGAUGAAGCUAUCUCAGGAUUCUAGUCAAAUUGAACUCUUGAAGGAAUUAAUGGAUCUUCAGAAAGAUAUGGUCGUCAUGUUGCUGUCUAUGCUGGAAGGUAAUGUUGUGAAUGGAACUAUUGGAAAGCAGAUGGUCGAUAUGCUUGUGGAAUCGUCGAACAAUGUGGAGAUGAUUCUGAAGUUUUUUGAUAUGUUCUUAAAAUUGAAAGAUUUGACUUCCUCUGAUGCAUUCAAAGAAUAUGACCCUGAUGGUAAAGGGAUAAUUUCGAAAAGGGAUUUUCACAGGGCAAUGGAAAGCCAUAAGCACUACACUCAGUCUGAAACUGAGUUUCUGCUGUCAUGUGCUGAAACAGAUGAGAACGAGACUUUGGACUACGAGGAGUUUGUGAAACGAUUUCAUGAGCCGGCAAAAGACAUUGGUUUCAAUGUCGCUGUUCUCCUGACCAACCUGUCAGAGCACAUGCCCCAUGAUACACGCUUGCAAACUUUCCUUGAGCUCUCAGAGAGUGUGCUGAAUUACUUCCAGCCUUUCCUCGGGCGUAUAGAAAUCAUGGGCAGUGCAAAGCGCAUUGAGCGAGUUUAUUUUGAAAUAAGUGAGUCAAGUCGGACUCAGUGGGAAAAACCGCAGGUGAAAGAGUCAAAGAGACAGUUUAUAUUUGAUGUUGUAAAUGAAGGUGGGGAGAAAGAAAAGAUGGAGCUUUUUGUCAACUUCUGUGAGGAUACCAUCUUUGAAAUGCAACUGGCUGCCCAGAUCUCUGAGUCAGAUCUGAACGAAAGGUCAGCUAAUAAAGAGGAGAAUGAGAAAGAUAAUCCUGAAGAAGAAGAUCCAAGAAUGGGUUUCUUCUCUCUCGUGACCAUGAAGUCAGCUUUAGUAGCUCUGAAGUAUAAUUUAAUGACUCUUAUGAAAAUGCUCAGCAUGAAGAGUCUAAAGAAACAAAUGAAGAAAGUGAAGAAAAUGACCAUGAAGGACAUGGUCAUGGCUUUGUUUUCUUCCUACUGGAGCAUUUUGAUGGGAUUACUACAUUUUGCUUGUAGUGUUGUCCGGGGCUUUUUUCGCAUCAUCUGCAGUUUGCUGCUGGGAGGAAGCCUUGUAGAAGGAGCCAAGAAAAUCAAGGUGGCUGAACUGCUGGCUAAUAUGCCAGAUCCCACUCAGGAUGAGGUGCGUGGGGAAGAAGAAGAAGGGGAGAGGAAACCAACAGAAGCUGCGUUGCCUGCAGAGGACUUGACGGAUCUGCAGACUUUAACAGAAGAGAGUGAUCUGCUCUCAGACAUAUUUGGUUUGGAUUUGAAACGAGAAGGUGGACAGUAUAAAUUGAUCCCUCACAAUCCAAAUGCUGGUUUGAGUGAUUUACUAAGCACUCCCUCCUUAGCCCCAAUGCCUGAGGUGCAGGAAAAAAUCCAGGAGAAGGUGAAAGAAGAUGAAAAAGAAGAGAAAGAAGAAACAAAAUCAGAACCUGAGAAAGCUGAAGGAGAAGAUGGAGAAAAAGAAGAGAAAACCAAGGAAGAUAAAGGGAAACAGAAAUUAAGACAACUACAUACGCACAGAUAUGGAGAACCAGAAGUCCAGGAAUCAGUUUUCUGGAAGAAUAUCAUUGCAUACCAGCAGAAGCUUCUUAAUUAUUUUGCACGAAACUUUUACAACAUGAGGAUGUUGGCAUUAUUUGUUGCCUUUGCCAUCAACUUUAUCCUUCUUUUCUAUAAGGUCUCCACAUCUGCUGUGACAGAAGAAAAGGAACUUCCUGUGGUGUCUGAUGGUGAAAGUACCAAGUUGAACAUCCUGGAAAGUGAUGAUGAUGAUGAUGAGAGGGUCAUUGCAGUGCAUUAUGUCUUGGAAGAAAGCAGUGGCUACAUGGAGCCCACACUGAGGAUUUUGGCCAUCCUACACACAGUCAUCUCAUUCUUCUGCAUCAUAGGGUAUUAUUGUUUGAAAGUUCCACUGGUUAUUUUUAAGAGAGAAAAGGAAGUGGCAAGGAAAUUGGAAUUUGAUGGGCUAUAUAUAACUGAGCAACCAUCAGAAGAUGAUAUUAAGGGACAGUGGGAUAGACUUGUAAUCAACACACAGUCUUUUCCAAAUAACUACUGGGACAAGUUUGUGAAAAGAAAGGUAAUGGAUAAAUAUGGUGAGUUCUACGGCCGUGACCGGAUCAGUGAAUUACUAGGAAUGGACAAAGCUGCUCUUGAUUUUAGUGAUGCUCGAGAAAAGAAGAAACCAAAGAAGGAUAGCUCCUUUUCUGCUGUGCUAAAUUCCAUUGAUGUUAAGUAUCAGAUGUGGAAAUUAGGAGUUGUUUUCACUGAUAAUUCUUUCCUUUACCUAGCGUGGUACAUGACCAUGUCAGUCCUUGGCCAUUACAACAAUUUUUUCUUUGCUGCUCACCUCCUGGACAUUGCAAUGGGAUUCAAGACAUUACGAACUAUCCUGUCAUCAGUCACCCACAAUGGCAAACAGCUUGUCCUAACAGUGGGAUUACUGGCAGUAGUGGUGUACUUGUAUACAGUAGUGGCAUUCAAUUUUUUCCGCAAGUUCUACAACAAGAGUGAAGAUGGUGAUAUGCCAGACAUGAAAUGUGAUGAUAUGCUAACAUGCUACAUGUUUCAUAUGUACGUUGGAGUACGUGCAGGAGGAGGCAUUGGUGAUGAAAUAGAAGAUCCAGCAGGAGACGAAUAUGAAAUCUAUCGGAUUAUCUUUGACAUCACGUUCUUCUUCUUUGUGAUUGUCAUCCUGCUUGCAAUUAUCCAAGGUUUAAUUAUUGAUGCUUUUGGUGAGUUAAGAGAUCAACAAGAGCAAGUUAAGGAAGAUAUGGAGACAAAGUGCUUUAUCUGUGGAAUAGGAAAUGACUACUUUGAUACAGUGCCUCAUGGCUUUGAAACACACACACUACAGGAGCACAACUUGGCCAACUAUUUGUUUUUUCUGAUGUAUCUUAUUAACAAAGAUGAAACUGAGCAUACAGGACAGGAAUCAUACGUAUGGAAAAUGUAUCAAGAGCGCUGCUGGGAGUUUUUCCCUGCUGGUGAUUGCUUCCGAAAACAAUAUGAAGACCAGCUCAACUAAGCAAAAAUGAGGAUUUCUGGACAAAAAUGUCCAUGUAUUUCCCAGCUCUUUUGGGAAUGUCUAAAAGAUUUCUUAAAUCCCCAAAGCUGUGUGCGUUUUGGAGCACCAAAGCUCUGUUUUUAAUGAUCCAACUGCACUUUUAUUUUCCUGUGUAUUUGCUUUGAGAACACUGGAGUAAAGAACAAUGAAAAAUUACAGCAACUUUGGAAACAAACCAACCACUUGCACAGACAAAAAUGUCCCUAUACAUAACAUGCACACACAAGUAGAGACUUGAGACAGCUUAUUUUUGAAACUGCCAGAUGAUACCCUUGUCUAAAAGAUCACACAUGGGGGUGACAUGGUAGCAACACUCAUUUGGUCUGUUUAUUUCAUCAUCCUGGAAGGAACUAUAUGUGGUUCACAGAGCACCGUAAAAGAUUGUUGUGGACACUAAGUUGUGGGGAAAUAGUGCCUUACUAUAUGUGGGUUGAGCUAUGCAGAAGAUGAGUGCAUGAUGACUUUUUUUUUUUUUCUUUAUGUCUUCCCUUCCAAUUUAAUAUUUAUUUUGUGGUUUUGGUGGAUUCAGGAGGAAGGGAUUUGAUUGUGCACAUCUUUUUAAUAAGACUGGAGUGUCUCAGGACAAGAUUAGGUUAUUCCCAUCAAGUUCAUUUCACAUUUACCUUCCUCUUUAGCUUUUGCUUUUAUUUUGGUAAUGCUCUGAUACAACACUGCUACUUUAUGAAAUCUUUGUAUGAAUACAAGACAGCUGCAAAAAACACUUUAACAAGAAACGUUUCAUUGCAUGUUUAUUAUGCAAGUUUAAAACAAUCAAAAAACAGCCUUCAGAAACAAGUUGAUCAACAUGAGAAAACAUUCACAAUAAUUAUAUUCCAUAGUAAUAAAGUGUUGUGGGCUUUAUUGUACAUCUGGAACAAGUGUCAUCAACCAACAAUAUGAAUAUAUGUUAUGAAUUUGACAGUAAUUUUGGUUUCUUUUUUUUUUUUCCUUUCUUUCAUUUCUGCCACCUGUGAUCGAUAGUGGAGUUGAAGAUUUUCUUGUUAAAUUAUUUUUUAAAAGCAAAGCUGAAGCAAUAUCCAUUCAGGGACUCCAUCAGUUGCAUCAUGAAACACCAAUGAUGUGUACAUUACUCCAUUUUGAGUCCUUUUCAAUUGUAAUGCCAGUCUUUACAAAUAAAAAGAGACAUUCAGAAUGGAAAA